AUGAAUUACGCAUCAUGGAUCGAAGAGGAGAAACUCAAGAAAACCUUCAUCGUGGCCACGUUGGCGUCCACGCUUGUCGGCACGUUCACGGCGUCUAUGGGGCUAUGGGAGCGCGUCUCAGACAAGCGCCAACAGCACCGACAAAAACAGCGCGACACGAAACAAGAUGGCGAGAUCAAGGAGCUGAAGAAGCAGUUCGAAGAGGCGCAGAAGAGAGCCGAUGGUAGACAACAGGAGAUUGACCGGCUAAAGAACGGUGGAGGGCGCGACGACGUAGGAAACAAUUUUGAGAGGGAUGGUAUGAUGGUUCAGAGGAUGUAUGACCAAGGCUAUGGCAGGAUGGGCAGCCGGUUCGCCCAGGGUGAUGCCAUUGUCGAGAACAAACUACAAGCGCACAUCAUCUCCCUCCAACAAACCGUUAUAAACGUCCUCCAAGAUGCCCUAUACAACGACCGCCAAUUGACUCGCGCCGACAUGUCCAAACUCAUCGCCGCCUCAAACCAAGCCAGGGAAGGCUCCAUGAUCGCUCUACAAGAAGCGCAACAACGAUUAGGAGGCUCGCAAGUCGGCGCACCACCCCCACCCCGCCCUGCAUCGCCUCCGCGCUCCCUCGUCCCUUCGCAGCGCGCGCCUAGUGCUAUUAUGCCCAUGGAUGGCCCCGAGCAACUCUUCUGCCGCUACGCACUCGAUCUACAAUACAUGCCCGGAAACCCCUUGGCAGCUUCCUUUGCCCCUGGAGGUAGCUGCGCAUGUCCUGCAUGCGGCGUGCGCCUCGACGUAACCAGCGAAGACUUCUGGAUGAUAGGCAAACGAACACCCGUCACCAUCUGGGACAAGACAACUGGCUAUGAGCACGACAUCAUGGACACGCGCGAGUUCCGUCUUGCCCAGCGCUUCGUCAUCAAAUGCCAUACUCCAAAUGGCGAGUACGCGUGCACAAUUUGCAGCAAGGGCAGAGAUGUCGACGCGAUUUGCCGGACAGUAGACAGCCUUGUCAAACACGUGGGAACAUACCACGAUGUCGGCGAACUGGAACAAGAAAUCGAUCUGCGCGAGGUCAAGGUCGAAACGAAGAGGUUGAGUCUCCCUGCGCCACACGUACCCAGUCCGCCGAGGAGUGUUCUCAGGGAAGAGAUGAUCUAUCGGUGA